ACUCUGGUGCCCAACACAGCUAAAGCACAAUCCAAAAGCCGCAAACGCAAUCGAAAACCAACAAAUCCUGCAAACAUGAAGAACGCCGUUGCCAUUCUACUGUGCGCCUUGAUUGGCCUGGCCUCCGCUGCCGAAUACAAGCUGCGCACUGCCGAGGAUCUGCAGAAGGUGCGCAAGGAGUGCGCCGAGGCCAACAAGGUGACCGAUGUCCUUGUUGCCAAAUACAAGAUCUUCGAGUAUCCCGACGAUGAGGUGACACGCAAUUACAUCAAGUGCAUUUUCAACAAAUUCGACCUGUUCGACGACACCAAGGGCUUCAAGGUCGACAAUCUGGUUGCCCAGCUGGGCCAGGGCCGUGAGGACAAGACUCUGCUGAAGGCCGAUGUGGAGAAGUGCGCCGACAAGAACGAGCAGAAGUCGCCGGCCAGCGCUUGGGCCUAUCGCGGCUUCAAGUGCUUCCUCAGCAAGAACAUGCCCUUGGUGCAGGCUGCCAUCCAGAAGAAGAACUAAGCGUUCCCAAACACUGCGCGCCGCUCCACGCGGCGCCUCCCGUCAAGCAAUCGCCGCCAGCAAUUCGAAUGUUGCGCGCGCUCAACACAAACUUUUUGUGCUACUUGCUGCAUUUUCUUUAAAAUUUAAAUAAAAAUCGUAUAAUAGCGAACUUUAAAGCCA